AUGCAAGAGAAGGCGUAUCCACCGGGAAAUCACCGGAGCAUGAGCUCUGGUAACUUGGGGAGUUGGCGAGCACAUAUGGAUAUAAUACGAGAGAUUGUCGUUCAGAAUCUUUCCACCGCAUUGGUUCUCGAAGAUGAUGUCGAUUGGGACGUUCGCAUCCGCACACAGCUCCUCUCCUUCAGUCAAGCCACACGCAAACUCUCAUCACUCGCGCAAGAGCUGGGGCAUGAACAGGAUAUUCCUCCUGCCUUCGAAACCAAGUCCCAAAAUCCAGUCGAGCUCGCGAAACGCUCUUCCCUCCCCCUCAUGUCCACGGUUACACCAAAAGACGCGUACGGGCGCGAUUGGGACGUUCUCUGGCUCGGCCAUUGCGGUGCCAACCUGCCUCCACCUUCUCCAGCCCAUCGGAAUCGCCUCAUCUUAUUGAACGACGUGACCGUGCCCGCACCAAAACACCUCCGCCUCCGCGAAUCCUCCUCACCCGACCCCAUUGCAACGCUUUAUCCACCACACACGCGGGUCUACCACCAGACUUCCAACAGCACAUUUUGCACGCUAGCCUACGCCGUUACGCAGGGCGGCGCCCGCAAGAUCCUAUUCGAGCUUGGAGUUCGGGCUCUUUCCAAAGGCUUCGAUUUCGCACUGUCGGAUUAUUGCGGAGGGUUGGUCAAGGGCGACGAAGCCCAAUGGAGAAGCGUAGAAAGGAAGUUGAAUUGUGUGACUGUACAGCCGCCGCUCUUCAGCCAUCAUUGGAAUGAAAGGGGUAAAAGUGACAUCAUGGGUUUGGGGAUCGGAGGAAGGCCAGAGGCGGGGAGUCGCUAUGUUAUCAGGAGCGUGAGGGCGAAUUUGGAGGGUUUCGCGGAGGGGAGUGAUACGUUGUUUGAGCAGUGGAGUGAUUGA